CGAGAAGGGUGCGUGUAAACAGGCUCCGGUAGACUUAGUUUUUCGGAAGCAGCGAAAAAAAAAAUUAAAUUUUCUUCUUUUACUUUCUAUCUUUUUUUUCUUCUUGAAUUCAAUCUUAUAAUCAUGUCUUGGCAAUCAUAUGUUGACAAUAACCUCGUUGGUACCGGUUACGUUUCUCAAGCUGGUAUUUAUGGUUUGAACGGUGGUGGUGUCUGGGCCGCUUCUUCUGGCUUCACCGUCCAAGCUAAUGAGAUUCAAGAAAUUAUCUCUGGCUUCACCAAAGCCGAUCACAUUCUUGCCUCUGGUAUCCAUAUCAACGGUACCAAGUAUCUUACUUUAAGUGCCAACGAACGUUCUAUUUACGGAAAGAAGGGUUCCACUGGUGUUUGUAUCGUCAAGACCACCCAAGCCGUUUUGGUUGCUCUUUAUGACGAUAAGAUUCAACCUGGUGCCUGUACUAAGGUCGUCGAAUCUUUAGCUGAUUAUUUGAUUUCAGUUGGCUACUAACAUGUAUAUCAAAAACUAAAGUAAAUAAAAAAAAAAGCAUGGCAGGAGGAGGGGACAUCUUCUUUUUGUUUGUUAUUUUAUGACUAGAUAUAUCAAGUGUACUUUGUCCCCUCUCACUCUUCAAUACCAAUAAAAUCCCCCAUUUUUUUUUUAUUAUUAUUAUA